AUGGGAGGAGUUGUGUGGCAUUUGGGGCUCCAGCUGUGCAUUGCUGCUGCACUGCUCUUUGGUGGAGGAAGAGGGAGAGAGCUCUCUGGCAGCCUGAGCUGCCUGAAUAACUACGUGACUACUGUGAGCUGCAUGUGGGUAACAGAGAAGCCCAUGGGUGAUGGACCUUUCCACCUGCAUUUCACCAACCUCUGGUCAAAGGGCCACAACGCCAGCUGCAAACUGACUGCCACAGGGAACAUGCAGAAUCAGUACCACUGCACAAUUCAUCUAGCCAGCCAGAUCUUGGAAACUGACGGUUAUAGAGUCUCUCUCCAAGGAAACUUCUUUGGAUGUAAUCAGACAUACAUGAUCUUUCCAGAGUACACUCCCCGCAAGCACAUAAAACUUGAUCCACCUUUGAACAUCCAGAGCAAUGCCACUGCCAGCAAGUGCCAGAUAUGGUGGAGUGUGUGGAAUGUGCCUUGGUACCUCGCUGAAAUUCUCCAGUAUGAGUUGCAGUAUAAGGAGUACAGCAUGUCCUGGGAGGUUGCAAUGAACAAGACACUACCCAGUUCACUGCCACAAGUAGAAAUUGAAGCCACAGAGCUUCGCAGUGGCAUUGCUUAUGCUGCAAGAGUUCGCUGCAAAGUUUCUGAAAACGAGAAUUCAUACCACAGUCAAUGGAGUGAGUGGAGCCAGACAACAGUGUUUCAAAGAGCAGAUGUCCCAAAAGUCUCUGAAAAGAUUCUAAAUAUCAAAAUUAUACAGUACUUAUUCAUUCCACUGAGUUUUGGCACUCUACUCUAUUUAUUCUGGAACUGCAAGCUUUCCUCAAGGGCAAAAAGCCUCACCUGCUUUACCAUUCCCACACCAGCUGCUUUCUUUCAGCCACUCUAUAGUUUGCACAAUGGGAAUUUUAAGGACUGGGUUGGACUGAAUGAGGCUUGUAGCCAACUUGAAAGAGAAGAGGCCAGCAAUUCAAGCAAAGUGAAUGCAGAUAGAGUUGCUGAUCUAAACACCCAAGAACUGAUUUCCCAAAUCUCAUGGAAACCUACAGGAAGCACAGAUGUGGCUACUGCAGAAGAAAACUUUGCAUUUGCCUCAGGUCCAAGCCAUCAGUAUGUCCCCAGCAAGUACAUAAGAGCAGAAGAGAUAGAGAGGUGGCCGGGACUAUUGUUUGCACCAAGCCAUGCUGAUGAUAACAUUGGCCCAAAAAUCUCUGAAAUAAUUAAAGACAACCUUGAGAGCCCUAGUGUUGGAAGGAAUUAUCCUUCUCACUCACAGCAUGGAAAGGGUGACUUUCUUAUGCUUCGAGAAUCUUUGGAGAUAAAAGAUGUGUCUUUCAGUGGUAGUGACUAUUGUACUUUGUGUGACAAUGAUACCACAGGAGGUUUGAUUUCUGCUGAACUACUGAAGCUUUCUAAUUGCAAUAGUCAUGUUAAACAUCAGAAAGAUCAGUGACCUUCCCUGAGGAAUACUGCCUACAAAGUUCCUUGUGCUCUCCUAUCACCUCCCAAAACUGUCCUCCCAAGCGGCACAAAUGGUGACUGUGCAGACAGUUUCAAACAUGUAUAAUUUUAAAA